AUGGACCAAUAUCAAGGCAAAAUAGGAGCCUUUAUCCAGAUCCCAAACGUUGGACGCGGCCAAUUAAAGUAUGUGGGUCCUGUUGAGGGCAAAACUGGGGUCUAUGUCGGUGUAGAUCUGUUGGCGAACAUAGGAAAGAACGAUGGAUCCUUUGACGGCAAACGAUAUUUCCAAACCGAAUAUGUACAAAGUGGGCUGUUUAUCCAAUUACAAAAAGUUGCGGCUCUCAUAGAUGAAGCCGCCAAUGGAGCAGACAACAAUUGUGCUCCAUUUGAUACCCUUGCGCAGUUGCGACGUCAGGAAUACGUCGUUGAUCCCAGAUCACCAACACCCGUACGAUAUAAGAGAGACGAGGAACUAGGAUUAGAACCAAUGGUUCUACAGCAACGACAGGAACUGCAGCAGUAUAAGUCACUUAUAGAGGAGCAGCGGGGCGUUCUGGAAGAUAUACAGCCUGCCAUCGAGGACUACGAAACGAGAAUACGCAGUUUAGAAACAGAGCUUGAUAAGGUACGUAACCAGCUCAGCAAUGAAAGAGAGCAAUGGCGAAACCAGAAGCUGUAUUUCGAGACGGAACACGAGCAACUUUUAUCCGUUGUAGAAGAAUUGCAUCGAGAAAUCCGAGAAAACGAGAGAAGAAUGAUCCGGGCGCGAGAGCAGGCAGCUGGAGAUUUUACUUCAACGUUAACGCUUGAAAACGACCCGCUGAGAGAGGGCGUCCAAUUCCGAGAUAAUGAAUCAUUUUCCCAGGAUCUGGUGUCAAACGCUGAAUUGCCUAAACAAUGA